AUGGCUGAUUGGAAUCCACCACCUCAUCCUCGUAGCCGUAAUGAGCCGGAGCGUUAUGGUAACCUCCAGUCAACCAGUGUUAGCCGGCCUGGAACCGAUGGACCACGGUCAAAGAUUGGAUCCAGGGCUGGAUCAACAGCCAGCAGUAAGCAAAGGGUAAAUGAAGGCAGAGGUAAGCUUUCAAUUACCACUGAGGCUCUGCAAAAGGACUCAACCAACCUUCCGUUGACAACAGAAGUUGGUAAAGUACAACUAUCAGUGUCAGGACCUUCAAGCUCAGUAGAUGAUCCAAAUAUUCAGUCUGAGAGUGGUCAAACCGGAAGCUCAGCAGCCGAAGACGGCCAUGAACCACCAGCGGAACUCCCAUCUGAGGUCACACCAAGGGCAUUUGGCCCGAUAGUACAACCACAGCUAAGUGAACUCAAGCCAGCAGGACUUUCAGGUCUAUUACCAGGCCCAAGUGGAAGCAGGCCAAGCGCUGAUUCUUUUGAACAGGGGUCCCUUAAGGAAUUUUUGAAAGUAUUUAAUGGUAAUUUAGAAGUUUUGGAUUCCAAUAUCAGAGAUUUUAGUAAUGAAUUAGGUUCUAAAUUUUCAGAAGUAUUAAAAAAAGAAUUUCAUCUUUUAGAAGUUGUUAAUGCUCAAUACAAAGAACUUUAUAAGGUUAUCAGGCAAGAUAACAAAGAUGUUUCUAGUUUGAAUAAAAAGUUUGUUUCCUUUCUAAAUCAAUUUCCUUCAGAGUCUUUGAAUUUAUUUUUAGAUAAAAAUUCAUCCUCUUUGCUCUCUCUAAAUGAUAUUAAUGAGAAUAUUUUAGAGUUCAAAAAUACUUUGAAUGAGUUUUGUGACAAUCACGAGAGUGAGAGACCUAGUGUAGUUCAACAUGAUCAAGUUCUAACUACACUGUUAGAAAAUCUUCAUCAUAAGUUGUAUGAAAAACUUGACAACAAGUUUCAUCAGAACACCAGUCUGUCUAGCGAUGAAAUGAACAAAUUCAUCCAAGACCAAACACUUGCGGUUGAAAAUGAGAAAAUCCAGCGGAGUAAUUUUCAAGACUUUAUCGCAAGAAGUCUACAGGAAAUUAAAGAAAAUCAAACAAAGUUUGAAAAUUCUACUAAUAGUAAAUUAGAUAGAAUUGAAGAUAUGUUGCUGAGAAUGACAAAUAGUAAUAAGCAAGACAUAGAGCAAGUGCAGGAGCAACUACAAAACAAUACUUUACCUACAAAUAGAGUUGGCUCAAUGGUGAGAAAUUUUGAAGGUAUCAGUCAAACUCCUAUGCAAGGUAGUUCAACAAGGAAGGCAAGAUAA